AUGGGAAAGUCGACCAUUCAUGAUUGGGACUCCGUCGCAGCCACUCAACAUUGUGCAGCCAAAAUGGACAUGAUGAUUAAGAUCAACCAAAGCACCACUUCACUUGCACAAGCACGAACUGCCUUGUUACGUAAUAUUUUGCACGGCGAGUCCCCAACUGGCUUUCCUUUCAUGCAACUGUACCUGAAUGUCACGGAUUCCACAGUCGGAGCAACAAUUCUGUCCUUGAUCAUCUGCCUGAUAGCAACGGCUGCUAACGCUGCUGGCCUUACCUCCACGAGCCGUACGUUCUGGGCUUUCGCUCGAGACGAGUCAGUGCCAUUCUCAAAAUACUUCGCACACGUCCACGACGGAUUGAAGGUUCCCGUACGUAUGAUCGUACUGGUUUCCGUCCUCCAAGCCUUGCUUGGUUUCAUUUAUCUUGGGAACACAACGGCCUUCAACGCCAUCCUUUCAAUGGCUAUCAUUGGCAUGUAUCUCUCCUAUAUCCUGCCGAUCGUGUAUAUGUUGCUAUGUGGCCGCCCGAGACUCUCAACCAGCGAAUACGGUCCCUUCAAGCUCGGCAGGAUCAGUGGUAUGCUGAUCAAUAUCUUCGCGAUCAUGUGGCUUGUGUUCGCCAUGGUUUUCAGCACCUUCCCGAACUUCCAGCCCGUCACGCCUCAAAAUAUGAAUUACUCGACGGUAGUCCUUGCAGGUUGGAUCGGAGGCGGAGCGCCGGGAGCCCCAAGAAGACGACGCAUGCAGCACGGCUCCGGCCCAAGGAUUUCAAGUAAACAUACUCGGGCUCAGCGGGCCUUUAUCGUCAACAUGUGGCUGACGCACUCGCGGGGGAAAUCGAGCGAAUGGGCCUGGCGGCUUCCCAUCAUCGUCAUGCAGAUAUACCCUACCGUGCUGUUCGUAGGAGCCAACCUCCUACUCCAAACACCGCGAUGGUAUGUAUUGCAAGGCGACAACGAACGUGCGAUUCGACGAGUUUUCGGCAAAGACCAAGUAGAGCAACGGAUCGAGGAGCUUGUGACAGCACGCCGGAAAGAGCAAAGAGAAGCGAUCGAGCCGUUGGGCUUCAAUGUCUCGACCGCCAAGUACAUCACGCUGGGCAACUAUAUGGACUACCUGGUCAUUAUGACGGUGGUGGUUGCUGAUUGA